AUGGACAAGAUCAAGAUGAAGCUACCGAACCCUAUAAGAGACUGGCGACGCAGUAGCUCCGUUGAGCAGACAUCGCAAAACGUCGACGAACAUGCUGGCUACGAUAAUACCCCACUUCCGAGGUUGACAUGGAAGAGUUUCUGGAUGGGUAUGUUGGUGUCAAUGGGAGGAUUUGUCUUCGGCUAUGACACUGGUCAGAUCUCUGGGUUCCUUGGUAUGGUCGACUUCCUUCGACGCUUCGGUCAGAGGCAUGCAGAUGGCACGCCAUACUUCUCCAACGUACGAUCUGGACUCAUCGUGGGUCUAUUGUCUAUUGGUACAUUGUUUGGUGCUUUGAUUGCGGCACCAAUCGCAGACAGGAUUGGGCGGAAGAUGAGCAUCAUAUGGUGGUGUGGUAUCUUCUCUGUGGGCAUCAUCGUCCAGAUUGCUGCCACAGAUGAGUGGUAUCAGGUCAUGAUGGGCAGGUUCGUUGCCGGUCUCGGUGUUGGUGCACUCAGCCUACUCGUACCCAUGUACCAAGCGGAGACAGCACCUCGACAUAUCCGCGGAGCCUUGAUUUCCACCUACCAACUCUUCAUCACAUUCGGAAUCUUCCUGGCCGCAGUCUUCAAUUACGCUGCGGAACGCCACCAAUCCGGUAAAGCCGCAUCCUGGCAGAUCACCCUCGGGCUCUCCUUCGUACCUGCAGCUAUUCUCGCGGUAGGUAUUUUGGGCUUCUCCGAAACACCUCGGUUCAACUACCGUCAUGGUAAGAUCGACCAGGCCACCGCAACCAUGUCGAAAGUAUAUGGGGUACCAACCAACCAUCAGAGCAUUCAGCUAGAGCUUGAGGAGAUGAGGGUCAAGCUCGAAGCCGAAAGCAAGCUUACCAACGGACCCAUACAAGAAUGGUUGGGUAUGUGGAUGGCGCCGAAGAUGGCAUACAGGUUGGCAAUUGGCAUGGGCUUGCAGAUGUUUCAACAGUUGACAGGCGCCAACUACUUCUUCUACUACGGUACCGUAGUCUUUGCCGGCACUGGUAUCAAGAACUCGUUCGUUACGCAGAUGAUCUUGAACGGCAUUAACUUCGGCGUCACCUUCUACGGCCUUUAUAUCGUCGAGCACUACGGUCGUCGCAAAUCGCUCAUUGCCGGCUCAUGCUGGAUGUUCAUUUGCUUCCUCAUCUUCGCUUCUGUCGGUCACUUCGCCCUUGAUCGCGACAACCCGGAAAAUACCGAAAGCGCAGCCACAGCGAUGAUAUGCUUUGCUUGUUUCUUCAUCUUUGGUUUUGCGACAACGUGGGGUCCGAUGAUCUGGACAAUCUGCGGAGAGUUAUACCCCAGCCGCUAUCGCGCGAAAGCCAUGGCUCUAUCAACGGCAUCGAACUGGCUGUGGAACUUCCUUCUCGCAUUCUUCACGCCCUUCAUCACUGGUGCCAUAGAUUUCCGCUAUGGCUACGUCUUCGCCGGGACAAACAUCCUAGGUGGUCUUAUCGUAUACUUCUUCGUCAUCGAAGGCAAAGGGCGCACACUCGAGGAGAUCGAUACGAUGUACCUGAUGGGCGUUAAGCCAUGGGAAAGCGCAAAAUGGGUCGUUCCCAGCCUGGAAGAGAUGAGCGGAGAUAUGAGGGUUAAGCUCGAGUCCGCAAACCCGGAGUUGGCGCUCAGGAAAGAGACUAACGGAGGGACGGCUGAUGACAAUGCUAGUGUGAGGCACGAAGAGGAUAGCGAGGCGAUUCGCGGGGGUGAGGCUAUGAGUGACGGGAGUGAAGAGGGGUUGAGGGAGAAAUCCGAGGUCUCGCCGUAG